UGCGAUUUUGGUUUCGCGAAACGCAUUGGUUUGGGGAAGAAGACUUGGACAUUCUGUGGCACACCGGAAUAUGUCGCACCGGAGAUCAUCCUGAACAAAGGCCAUGAUUAUUCUGCCGACUAUUGGUCUCUGGGUAUUCUGAUCUUUGAGCUACUCACUGGAAGCCCGCCGUUCACUGGAUCUGACCCGAUGAAAAUAUACAAUGUCGUGCUCCGUGGUAUAGACGCGAUUCAAUUCCCAUCGCAAUAUAUCAACCGCUCAGCUACCACAUUGAUCAAACGACUGUGUGCUCACAACCCGGCACAACGACUUGGUUACGGCCUCGGUGGAACAAUUGAUAUAAAACAAAAC